AUGCCCUCCUCCGCCCCCCUUCGCGAAAAGAAACCCAAACCAGAACCUCCAAUCAGCUACGACAUCAACAUCCCCUACGUGGACGUAGAAAAACAAUCCAAAAUCAACACCAAAUACCCCCAAUACCUCCCCAGUUGGGAUCCAAUCUGGUUCGAACCCCUAACUCCAUUCGAAUACAACGACCCAGCCCUGCGCGUCCGCGACAAAUCAAAGCGCAACCUACUCAAUGAGUCCUCCAAAAUCUCCCACAUCCAACCAAACAUCGGCUCAGUCGUUGAAGGCGUGCAACUCUCCUCCCUGACUUCCGCAGGAAGAGACGAACUUGCCCUCCUCAUUUCCGAGCGUAAGGUCGUCGCCUUCCCAGAGCAAGACCUCAUCGACGCAGGCCCAGACGCUCAGGAGGAAUUCAUGCGCCAUUUUGGUAAACCUAAUUACCAGCCUGUUUCGGGCUCUAUGACCGACCAUCCGGCUUUCCAUAUUAUUCACCGGGAUGGCAACCGCGAGGAGAUUUCUCGUUUCCUCGAGCAGAGGACUACUACCACGCUCUGGCAUCAGGAUGUCAGUUAUGAAAUCCAGCCCCCCGGCUAUGUCAUGCUGGGUCUGUUGCAGGGUCCUGAGGUUGGGGGUGAUACCGUCUUUGCCGCGACGGAUAUGGCGUAUAAGCGGCUUUCACCUACUUUUACCAGUUUCUUGGAUUCGUUGAAGGUUACGCAUACUUCGUCCAAGAUGAUUAACCACACGCGCUUGGCUGGCGGCCUUGUUAGGAAGGACCCUGUUGAUACUGUGCAUCCGCUUGUGCGGGUUCAUCCUGUUACCGGGGAGAAAUGUUUGUUUUUGAAUGGGGAGUUUAUUACGAGGAUUCAGGGACUGAAGGACUCUGAGACGAAGUGGUUGUUGGAUUUCCUCAUGAAUCAUUUGGUUACUGGGCAUGAUUUCCAGGCUAGGGUGCGCUGGCAGCCUAGGACUAUUGUUAUGUUUGACAACCGGUCGACUAUUCACUCCGCCAUUGUUGACUACUUGGAUGACGACUAUGGUGCCAAAGCCCGUCAUAUCUUCCGUCUCAUUGCUCUCGCUGAGAAGCCAAUCCCCGUCUACGAGGAUUUCUCUGAAUAG